AUGCGGACAGCAUUGGGAGGGUCCGGGGGUUACUGGUCUUCCCAGAACCAGCGGAGGGCAACGAAAAAAAGCAUUAGUGAAGCUUGUCCCGAGCCAUCUUACCAGGACAACAACGCUACUGCACACAAACAUUACACCCCAUCUGCUUCUGACAACGAACACUUUGCCGAUUUUCUCGAACCAGCCAUUGAUGGUCCCCCCUCGCCGGCCCGGAUCAGAGCCCUGAGCAACAAGGUCAAGCAGGCAUCAGUCUCGGAGCGACAUGUGAGCCAACAGACGACCUCAUCUGGGUCAUCAUCUCUGCUCUCUCUCGGAUCAUUCGACCGACGGCCAUCCUGGGAUCAGACGCUGGAGUCCUUCUCGCUGUCCAGGAAGUCCUCGACCCGCUCGACGACAAGCAGCAUGCGAGAGCGCCCAGAGAGCGUCCAGGCAAUUGGUAAGGCGAUAUUCACACGGAAAACUAAACUCAGGAGAGAAAGUCUGGUCACGUCGACAGACAUGCCACCCGACAGCACGGGCGAGCGUUCCCGGGCGCCUUCCGUCACCAAGGAGCAUAGCCUGUCCAGCAUGAACAUUUUCAACCGACGGAGGACGGUGCAAGCACCUGAGGAAGCAUUGUCUCAAAAACGACCGCAGAUCUCGAGCCCUUUCAAUUUCCAGCACGUCGCUCAAAUACAUCGGGAACAGGUCCCGACUCUGGAACGAUCGAGUCAAGUGCCACCGCAGAAUGAGUGGUCGGCUGUUCGUGCCUCCGAAAUACCGACUAUGGGGGCGUCGAGGGGCAUCCAGGCGGAGGAUUUGCGUGUGCCCAACUUCUCAUCCAAAGCUACUCGCCCUCAUGAUGACGAUGACGUUGCGCCUCAUGUUGUGCCGCACAGGCGGGAGAACAGCGUCGUUCGCCCACCAAGCUGGCACAAAUCCCCUCCGAGGCCUAUGGUCAAACAUUCGCGAUCUCAGGAUCAGACUCCUGGCGUGCCUCCACCGAGGCCCCCACGGUCGCCGACGGGCCUGGAUCUGAACUUGGACCUCCAGCCUCCUGUGCCUCCGCCUCGCAGCUCCAGCCGGCCGUCAGUCCCAUCAGUCCCACGCCGGGAUUCCGAAGCCCUAGGGAACAUCAUGAGCGACCGAGCGCAGGCAAUGAACGGGUUCCGAUUCCCACCGCCACUUCAACUCAAUACGGAAGCGAAGAGCCCACCGCCAACUUCGCAGGGGCCAUCCAGCCCCACUGCCACGGCGGAGCGUCGUUACUCGCGUAUUUUCAUGCCUUCACCGACGGAGAAUCCUAACUGGCCUCUCACAUGUCCACUGCACAAUGCGAGUGUCUCAACCUUCGAAGCCGGCUUGCCUGACGUGCCCGAAGAGGAGGAGCAUCAUGGAUUGCCCCGGAGGUCGCGAGCGAGUAUCCGCAGUAACAACUCCUCGCUUCGAGGCUCACAAUCUGUGCCGGCCUUGCGGAAGGCAUCUGUAUCUGAAUACAGCUCUCAUGACCGUACUCUCAGUAGGGAAUCUACGAUAUUUGGUCAUUUCGACUUGGCCACCGCCCAACGAGCUGAGAGAGAGGCCAUGGAGGAGGCGCAGGACGAUUCAGACCCACUUCCUCGAGAUAUUUGGGAGGAUGUGGUCGACUAUUGCUAUGAACACGAGGCUGAGGCCGACUGCGAGUACGACUGGGACCGGCCUUCGAUUGACAUGGGCAGGGAACCGACAUUCCUGUUCACCGAAGAUGACACCGAUGAUGGGCCCUUUUUUCGAACGACGUCCGACCACUUUGAAAUCCCAGCCUUGAGCCCCUGUAGCCAUCUGUCCGUGGGUAGCGCUCAAGACGCGCAAGAGGCCAUAACACCCACUAUCUCAGCCUCUGGCACGAAGUCUCCUACGCGAUCCAACUUCUCGCUUCCCCGGCGAGACUGUGCCCAGUCACAACGCUUGCUUCACGAGCGGACGACCUCGCAGGCGUCCGCUUCCAAGGAGCCCCAGGGAUAUGUCAUUUCGCCGUCGAUGCUGAUCCCGGCUGACUACCAGCAAGAAAUGCUUGCUCACCAGAACGAGCGCUUCGAGGAGACCGAGGGUCUGGGCCAGGCAGUGACGUGGGAGGAGCCGACGAUGACAGCGGAGGGUCCGAACCUGUUCGUGCCAAUCAGGGCUAGCAACUCGACCACUGCGAGCGCCAUGUCUUCGCGGUCCAACUUUGACCGCCACAUCUCCACGACGUCCUCGACCAACACCGACUACACGCGCAUGACCAUGAGCACCGGCUCGGUCAACAUCGAGGACUACCUGCCCAAGGACGACGCGCCACGGGCCAUCUCGACCGAGGACGCGGAGGUCUCGCAAGCCGCCACUGCCGUGCCGAACCACGCCCGAUCCCAGAGCAUCGCUGGUCUUCUGAACUCGAUGGACUCGAAGCCUCUGAGCCGCGGGAACCACAGCAGCGACCCGGACCUCGACAAGCUGCACUCGGCCAAGCGCCCGGUCGGCCGUGGCCGCUCCAGGACUCUGAGCUCCAGCCCCCCUCCUCCAGGCCAGUACGCCCUUUUCCCAAGGCCGGCGAACUUCAAAUAA